AUGAACGGAUUAAGUUUUAGUGAGCUAUGUUGCUUGUUUUGUUGUCCGCCAUGCCCUGGAAAAAUUGCAGCCAAACUUGCUUUUCUGCCUCCUGAACCCACGUAUGCAUUCACACCUGAUGAAACUGGAUCGAAAUUCUCUAUGACUCUCGGUGAGAGAGCUGAAUGGCAAUAUUCAGAACGAGAAAAAGAAAACAUAGAAGGAUUUUAUUCUAGAACUACUAGGGGAAACCGAAUUGCAUGUCUCUUUGUUCGAUGUAGUCCCAAUGCUCGGUUUACUAUCUUGUUUUCGCAUGGGAAUGCCGUGGAUCUAGGACAAAUGAGUAGUUUUUAUUUAGGUUUAGGUACUAGAAUAAACUGCAACAUAUUUAGUUAUGACUACUCUGGGUAUGGUGUAAGCGGUGGAAAGCCGUCAGAAAAAAACUUGUAUGCUGAUAUUGAUGCCGCCUGGCAGGCUUUGCGUACUCGUUAUGGCAUCAGCCCGGAAAAUAUUAUACUAUAUGGGCAGAGUAUUGGUACUGUGCCAACAGUGGAUUUAGCUGCUCGUUAUGAGGUGGGAGCUGUAGUUCUUCAUUCUCCAUUAAUGUCUGGUAUGCGUGUUGCCUUUCCUAACACUAAGAGGACCUGGUUUUUUGAUGCUUUCCCAAGUAUUGACAAGAUUCCAAAAGUAACCUCUCCAGUCCUUGUAAUUCAUGGAACAGAAGAUGAGGUGAUUGAUUUUUCUCAUGGUCUUGCAAUUUAUGAGCGCUGCCCUCGUGCUGUGGAACCAUUAUGGGUUGAGGGAGCUGGGCAUAAUGAUGUAGAACUGUUUAACCAAUAUUUAGAAAGACUGAAGAGAUUUGUCUCUGUGGAAUUGCUCAACUGA